GGGGGGAUUUAAUUUAAUUGAAUCUUAAUUUAAUUUAAGAUUGUUUUUAAGAGUCAUUAACACUGCAAGUAAGUGUGUGCUGAGUUUGUAUUAACAUUUUUCUUCCCUGUUCCUCUGGCUCUCCAAUGAAGCAUUACAGACAGCAGUCUUUUCUUAGUGUAGGUUACAUAUGCUGAAACAGUCAUUACAAGACACUGAAACUCUGGCUGGUGUUUGUUUCAGAGGAGGGGGGAAGGUGACAGAAUCAAAGGGUAGCGACUUAUUGUUCGACACUGAAAAGCGGCUAAUGGCCGGCCAUCGCAACUCUGGAUCACGAAGCUGCGGGGUGCCCCCGGGCCUUAGUGCACAAUAACUACCCCCAACCUUCCUGCGGUGCGUCUUCCUGCCACAAUCUGUACUGAACGGGUGGGUAGGUGGUGCACAACUGUAUCGAAGUGACUGUCGAGUUUCACGAUGUAAAACCGGUUUUCCCUAAAAUAAAAUACGAUAAAAUAAAGAAAAAAAAAGACUCCUCAACUAAAAAUGCCAUAAGCGCCACAGAGAAGGCACAGUCGAUUAAUGUACAUUAACGCAUAUGUUAUAGCUAGUUUUUUUUCGAUGGAAAAAUGCCGGUAAUGUCUCACUUAAACAUUUUUGUUGGGUACAUUUUUCUUUUCUAAAAUGUCUUUAGCAGAAGCAAAAUACAAUUUGAGUGCCCUGGUGUCACUAAGAAAGAAUAACGUUGCUUCUAAAUGUGUUAGCAUAUUUCAGUGCGAGACGCGACACUUGAGAUCUAAAUCUUUAUCAGCAGCCUAAUAGGCAACUCAGACAAACAUUUCACCUUUUAUUUGUUCUUCAGAGAAAACUGCUGAGGUUUCUUUCUGGCGAGGUUAGGCAAUGAAACAUAGCCUAUGUAAUUAUUCAACUACCCUGGGAAACAUUGGGCCUAUGUAACUAUUGGGCUACCUACAAAUUAUUUAAACAAAACAACACCAAACAACAUUUUAAUAAGGCACUGAUUUAGUGUCACUAUAGACCCAAAACAAUUCGUAUCAGACUGUCUUCUAUUAUCUAACACUUCCCUGUUCAAUGACACUGGAAUUAAAAUGAAAAAUCUAGGUAACAGUAUACGGUCGUUGUAACAAUAAAUUUGUAACAAUUUAAAGCCCACUGACUUUAAAAAAUGUGGUUAUAAUGAUUAGAACUUUGAGAACGCAUCGGCUCGUCUUAUCACAUUAACAUUGUUCUUUUCCUGUGGGAUGCAGAGUUUUAAUAUCAAGGACAACUCGUUAAGAACAAAUUAUUGAAACAAAGUAAUGUGUCAUGCAUGUUAAAUACGUUUACUGUCAGCAGCACUAUUUUGCAUUAUAAAUACAGUACAUGGAGUGGGUUCCACGUUACAUCACGAGUUCAUAGCGAGCGCAUAGUUAAAGCGUGACUAUCAAGGACAUCAGAGAGUAAUGACUGACUUAUGACAAACAUUUGUGUUUACUCCAGUUGUGGUUCAUACAAAUUUAGUUGAUGGGGGAAAAAAACAACGGAUACAAGUCCCAGUCCGUUCUUCCCUAAAGAACGAAAUCAAGUUCAUUCACAAAUUCACGAUCAGCUGAGUCCUAUUGUGUGUGGUGGCCAAUGGGAGCUGGGAUCAUUAGUACUCCAGCCUCCAGCGUGGACUGAUUAGGAAAACCUGUAGGAAUGCUGCAUUCGAAACUCGCAAGCGUGGGUGUUGGAAGUAGCGGCGCUGAUAUACAGGAGGAUCUUAACUGAUGGCCAUUUUACACCUAGACGACGGCUGCUCGCAUUUUCGUUCAGGUGGCGAAGUAACUGGAUCUCUCUACUAAAGGACUUUUACGGCACGUUAGUUUAGUUAUUUGGCGGGGAACACCGGCUUCUUAAAUCCCUAUGUGAGAAGUUUUAUUAUGGACUUAUUUAACACAGUGUCUUGAUAGAAACAGAUUUUUGGGUGUUUAGGUUCUCAACAGAAUUGUAGGUGACUUAUUUGGGAGGAUGUCUGAGCGACCCCAGAGCCCUAUAGCAGACUGCAGCAGCAGGUCGUACGAGGUCACCAGGACCAUGUACGCUCCACUGCAGGGCAACGAAGGUAUGAAUGGUGCUUCUCUUCAGUUUCCACAAACUAUGCUUCAAGAUCCUAGUCUGGUGCUCAACAAAACAUCUUUUAAUGGCAUCAAUCAGACUCCGACACAAUCAUUUUUCCCCUUUUCAACGGGCGACUUUAGAUCAAAUGAUGUGCAAGUGAGUGAUUUUUCGCAGCCGAAACACUGGUAUCACUUUAUGGCGCCUGAGUAUACCGGCCAAGUCGCCGGGGUCACUGCAGCCACUCAGCCGACCAACCUUAGCCCUCCUAUCGCUCAAACCAGGGAGCAAAUCAAGAUGCCCGAGGUUAAAACUGAAAAAGACGUGAACGACGAAUUCGGCAGUACGGAGACCAAGGUCCAACCUCAAUUUCCUAGUCCGUCAAUGACCACCGGUGUUUACUACGCUACCCCAUGGAACCCAUCCUUUUGGCCUGGCAUACCUCAUAUCUCUGGUCCCACCAACAUCGCCCAAGCUCCCCCGACCCCUUCUGCUUCUUCACCCUCUCUGUCCCCAUCCCCACCCGGGAAUGGAUUCAGUAGCCCGGGAUUCUACAACGGAGGCUCUGCGCAAUCUAUGCCCGCGACUCAGGCGCAAAGUACCACACGAAGUAGUGGCUCCUCCAGUGGAGGCUGCAGCGAUUCUGAGGAAGAGGAGAACUUGACCACGGAAGAAUUGGAGCAGUUUGCCAAAGAAUUAAAGCAUAAGCGCAUCACGCUUGGUUUUACUCAAGCAGAUGUCGGUCUGGCGCUGGGUAAUCUGUACGGGAAAAUGUUCAGCCAGACAACCAUCUGUCGCUUCGAAGCUCUUCAACUUAGUUUUAAGAAUAUGUGCAAACUAAAGCCGUUACUCCAAAAGUGGCUGAAUGAAGCGGAAACCUCAGAAAACCCCCAAGAUAUGUACAAGGUUGAACGGGUAUUUGUUGACACCAGAAAACGAAAGAGAAGGACUAGCUUGGAGGGUUCUGUCCGCACUGCUCUUGAAUCAUACUUUCUUAAGUGUCCCAAACCCAACACCCUGGAAAUAACUCACAUCUCUGAUGACCUUGGCUUGGAGAGAGAUGUGGUGCGAGUGUGGUUCUGUAACCGCAGGCAGAAAGGCAAGCGUUUGGCUCUACCUUUCGAUGAAGAGAGUGCAGAGAGUCAAUUCUAUGAACAAAGCCCCACACCACCUCUGCAUGUGGGGGCCACGCCUCUCUCGGGACAGGGCUAUCCAGGUACCGCUCACCCAGGGACUGUCCCGAGUCUGUACAUGCCCCCGCUUCAUCGGCCAGAGGUCUUCAAGCAAGCCAUGCACCCUGGACUUGUGGGGCACCUUCCAAGCUAAGCAGGCCGAGUAGCCUUUUUUACUGCUUGUCCAACAUCAACAAAUGGAGUAAUGCUUAAUAAUUUUGCUUGAAAGCGGAGGUUUGUAGCUCUAAAACCGAAUGAUUACGGUGGGUGGGUUUCCUGUUUUUGUUUUUAGUUUAUUUUUAAAUGAUGCUGCUUUCUAUGUUGCUAUCUAACAUGCAUUGGCCACCUGGAAUUAGUCUGGUUAAGGAAUGAAUGAAAUGAACAUGGUA